AUGGGCUCAAUUACGCCCUCGCAAGUGGUUCCUCAGCCUGAGAACCAGAUUGAGGAAAAGCACAAGGUUGUUUGUGACUCUGAGGCUCAUAGGCCUGGAAUGUGGCUCCCAGAGCACUUUCAAACACGCGAUGAGUAUGUUCGACAGGUACUGCAGGAGGCCAAUUCCAGCCACCAGAUGCUAUCACCAGCUUUGAGGCGAUUUGAAGACUUGAUUGAAAAAGAUUCUCGCAUAUACAUGUACUUCAUGCAAAUGUUUGAGGAGAUCCCCUGUCAACAUCCAUGUUGGAAAGAACCAACAGGUGGCGGAAGGAUCGGUGACUACAAACACAUGUUACAUGUCUUAAAUUAUAUUGUGACAAAUGCCCCCAGCUGGAGUUUCCCUGCCUUUUUAGAUCCGGAUGUUAACAAGUGCGUCAAAGAAGUUUUAAACGAAUGGUCAAGCUUUUUGCAAUCUCCCAGCUCAACGCACGUCCUGGACUCGGGGAAGACAGGAUGGCUUAGCCCAGAAGCUUUAAAAGCUCUGACAGAUGCAGCAAACAUUCCAGGCCAAGCGGAGCUUAGUUUUGAGGAAGUUUACAUAUGUGAUUCUUCUGCGGUUCAUUAUGGAUUCAAGUCAUGGGAUGAUUUUUUUACUCGCAAGAUCCGCGAUAGUGCCCGACCAGUAGCCUGCCCGGAUAAUGAUAAUGUUAUUGUUCACCCUUGUGAAUCAAGCGUGUACAACAUUCAAAGGAACGUGAAACUUCGUGAUAAUUUCUUUGCCAAAGGCCAGCCUUAUUCCAUACAGGAUAUCCUAGCACACGAGCCUUUGACAUCCUACUUUGCUCAAGGGACCGUGUAUCAAGCAUUUCUGUCUGCCCUGGCGUAUCAUCGUUGGCAUUCCCCUGUUUCUGGAAUAGUCCGUCGAGCCUUUGUGCAGGAUGGGGCGUAUUUUAGCCUGCCAACAUUCUUAGGUGUUGGGACCUUGGAAGAUAUCCCAGACCGAAUGAUCCCAGCACAGGGUUAUCUUGCAGCAGUCGCAGCAAGAGCCAUCAUUAUUAUUGAAGCAGACAACCGGGAGAUUGGGCUGGUUGCCUUUGUGGCUAUUGAUGUAGAGAGGGAAGAAAGCGUAGCUGUACGAGGGAAACUGGGUACCAAGUUAUUCGACAAGGGUGAGAGAGAGGAACAUCCGAAGAUUGAUAACAACGGGCACAGACCCCUCGAUAAGGCAAAUACUACGAACCGCAUCUACCCGUGUCUAAACCCCACUUUUACCGACAUCAUAUGCGGGUCCGGGUACGGGAAGCGAAGCGAGGUGGAACCAAGGGUUUGCCGACCUACACGAAGUCGCUAG